UGACGCUUUUCAUUCUCAGUAGAUUUUUUUCCGCCGCUGUUGGAUUUGACCUAAUCUGACAAUAACAACCAUAACAGCGUUUUAAAUCACCCAGCUCAGCCCUAUCUGGAAUAUUUCUCAUCUUUUAUCUGGAUUUCUAUAGAUUUCUAUUGUUUGAUUGCAAUCUUGUGUAAUUUUCCCCCUCGCAUUGCGGUCGGAUCUUUUCACUCAGGGCGUGUUGGGGGCGAGUUGAGCCCGGGUUUUGGAGCUCGAUUUCGGGACGACUGUGAGGAAUGACAGCGGCUAGAGACGGACUGAUCGGAGCCUAAAAUGGAUACGAUGGAUUAUAACGACCUGGGGAACCGCCUGGAGCAGAAACUCAGCCUCCAGGACAAAACUCUCCCUCUGCAGUCAGACCAGAUCCAGUGUGAGAAGCUGAAGACUUCCCUCUCCCCAGACGACUCCGCUUUCACAGAAUUGUCUCCUAAGAGCGACUCCAGUGCUCGCACAGACACGAACACCAGAACGGAUGUGUCCAGAGGAGAGCCCGCCCCCUGCACGCCAGACCCCGCCCCCCACCACGCCAGAGCCACGCCCACCGCCCAAGAAAGAAAUGACGUCAGAACAGAGACAGAAACUGGCCAAGGAGCGGAGAGAAGAGAGAGCCAAAUAUAUCGCGGCAAAGAAGGCGCAGUGGUUGGAGAAAGAGGAGCGAGCGAGAAGACUGAGAGAAUCCCAACUGGAGGAGAGGAGGAGGAAACUGGAGGAACAGAGAGUCAAAGCAGAAAGGAGGAGAGCUCUGCUAGAGGAGAAACAGAGACAGAAACUAGAGAAAAACAAGGAGCGAUAUGAAGCAGCCAUCAAGAGGUCCACUAAGAAAACCUGGGCCGAGAUCCGUCAGCAGAGAUGGUCCUGGGCCGGAGGACUCAACCAGACCUCCAGACGAGAGACCCGCAGCCUGCGCCUCAGCCCGUGGGAGAGCAAAAUCGUGGAGAGACUCAUGACGCCGACACUGUCCUUUCUGAAGAAGAGCCGGAGCGCCGCCACGCUGCUCAACAACACCAACGACUCGUGCAGUCCUCUGAGCUGCUCUCAUCAGAACAGUGCAGAGAGAUGGAGAAUGUCCUCAGCCUCAACUCCAGACAUCACCCAGAGACCACAGAGACAGAGAUACUCCACCCCGGUGGAAAAGAAGAAAAAAGAAAAGAAGGAUAAAGAGCGAGAGAACGAGAAAGAGAAGAAUGCUCUGUCUAAAGAAAGAACACAGAAGAAGAGACAGACGCCAUCACCCACGGCAACAAUCAAUCAGAGGAGUCGACCAGACGGCAGCGCCUCUAAACCUAAAAAACGCCCUCCGUCUCCUGCUCCUCCUAAGUCCCGCCCCCUCUCGCCUCUCGUCCAAUCAUCUUCCUCCUCUAAGACCGGCCCGGGUAAGAAGACCCCGCCCUCCUCUGGGACCAAAACCAGACCCAAACGAUCCCAGACCCCAGCCCGAGUCCAGACCACGGUCUCUGCGGUCGCCGUGGAGACAGAGGUGGAGGCGAAACCACGGCAACAGAGUCCCGUCACCGAGGAGACGAAGGAUGCUGCUAAAGUUCCUGCUAUCGUUGUAUCAUCUGCCCCAGUGACCCCUCCCUCCCCAUCCGCCCCGUCUACUCCUGCCCCCUCUACCCCUGCUCCUGCUCCCUCUACCCCAGCUCCUGCCCCUGUGACGGGCACGGGCAGGCCAAGCGCGGGCACUAACGACCCAGAGGAGGCUGCCCGGGCCCUGGCGGAGAAGAGGAGGCAGGCGCGAGAGCAGAGGGAGAGAGAGGAGCAGGAGAGACUGGAGCAGGAGCACAGGAACAGGAUUUUGCGAGAGGAGGCUGCAGCUCGGGAGGCAGAGGAGAGAAAAAGAAGAGAGGAAGAGGCGCGAUUCAUGGCUGAACAGCAGAGACUGAGAGAUGAGGCGGAGGAGAGAGAGAGGGAGGAGAGAGAGAAGAAAGAGAAGGAGGAGAACGAACGGAUGCAAAAACAGAGGGAGGAGGCAGAGGCCAAAGCUCGCGAGGAGGCCGAGCGACAGAGAGUGGAGAGAGAGAAACACUUCCAGAAAGAAGAGCAGGAACGACUCGAGCGCAAGAAGCGUCUGGAGGAGAUCAUGAAAAGGACGAGAAAGAGCGACGCUGGGGACAAGAAAGAAGUGAAGGCCUCUCCACAAGUGAACGGCAAAGACUCCGAGCUCACGAAAGCCUCAGUGCCGGUGGUGAGCGCUGGAGCGGCUCAGGGUCCAGUGUUAAACGGGGUCCAGUCUCAUCAGAACGGACUCAACCAGAACAACCAGUUUGACGAUCUGCUGAGCCUGAACCAGAGCAGCGGCGGCGGCAGCGGCGGCAGUGGAGGAGGAGGACUGCUCAAACCACAGCCUGUCACCGAGGUCUUGUAAGUCCACACAGACGCUGCUCUGGCCUUAAGUCUCGGGAGAUUCACUCGCUUUUUCAGCCUGUGCCAAAACAACAACAACAACAACAAAAUGAUGAACUGUACUGAGACCUGGAGCCACUCUGCCUACAACCACUUUAAAAUGUACUAAAGAUUUAAAAGUAUAAGAACAGUAUUGUAAGGUGCAACACUACAUGAGUUUUACUGAAAUCCUGUAACAUGCAGAGUUUCUGGAGCACCUUAAAGCAGACGACUAUGGAAAAGAGUUUAAAGAGGGGGUAUUAUGCUCAGUUGUUUCUUUUUUUUUUGCUUUUUCUACCGUGUUAUAAUGUUGUUUUCUCAUCAUUUUUAUAUGCCUGAAGAGGGUUUAGAGUCAUCCAUGCAUGUUUGAGUAAUCUAGAGAUCUCUCCCGGGCUCCAUAGAUAUACAAAAACAUGAUACGAACUUACACUACAACUUCACAAUCCUGAUGCGAUGUGCUGUAGUUUCAUUAGUGAGAUGCACGCUGAUUGUGUUGUGAUAGCGCUAUGAAAGGGGAGUGACUUAACAUAGGGAGCAAAGGGAGGGGGGGGCCUCAGAGCAUCAAAAACGAAAGUGAAACUUAUAGAACAUGUCGAUAUGUUGUUUUUUCGACGAAUAUAGCAUUUUUAAAAGAAUAAAAGGUAACAUGGUGAUCUAAAUAAGUGAUGUGUUACAGUUAAUGCCCCACAGAAGUAAAGUACCCCCUCUUUAAGACCUUAUAAAAUCAUGGAAAUGAUUAUUAUUAUUAUUGGAUAAGGUUGUAUUCUUACGAUGAGGAUUUGAUGUUGUUUUUCGUUGAGCAUCGUGAGUCUUUUUGCUGUUUUUUGUGUCUUGAAUCUUGAUUUAUUUAAACUCGGCGAGCAAAUAAUGAAAUGUAAAAAUGUGUAUGCUGCCUCUGUCACGGGGAUGUGUCAAUAAAGCUUUAUCAAAGGGAAA